GGAGGCCACGCGUAGGCGGGGCGCUUUACACGGAAGCUUGCGGCGUCAGGUCCUACCCACCUCUUGUUUCAGGCAGUGGGCGACCCUAGGAGGACCCGCACCCCUCAGUCAAGAGCCCUAGUGCCCGCUAGAGGGUACCCGGUCAGAGGAGUCAGGGGGAAAUAAAGACUGCUGAAGACAUAACCCCAAGGAACAAAUUUAUUUAAGCAGUAGAAAUGAAGAAGAGAUCCUUCUAGAAGAUCAGCUGAAAAGAUAGAUUGAAGUCAUGGCCAUUCUUUUUGCUGUUGUUGCCAGGGGAACCACUAUCCUUGCCAAACAUGCUUGGUGUGGCGGAAACUUCCUGGAGGUGACAGAGCAGAUUCUGGCUAAGAUACCUUCUGAAAAUAAUAAACUAACUUACUCACAUGGCAAUUAUUUGUUUCAUUACAUCUGCCAAGACAGGAUUGUGUAUCUUUGUAUCACUGAUGAUGAUUUUGAGCGUUCUCGAGCCUUCAGUUUUUUGAAUGAAGUAAAGAAGAGGUUUCAAACUACUUAUGGUUCAAGAGCACAGACUGCACUUCCUUAUGCCAUGAAUAGCGAGUUUUCAAGUGUUUUGGCUGCACAACUGAAGCAUCACUCCGAGAAUAAGAGCCUAGACAGAAUGAUGGAGACUCAAGCACAAGUGGAUGAACUGAAAGGAAUAAUGGUCAGAAACAUAGAUUUGGUUGCUCAACGUGGAGAAAGGUUGGAAUUGCUGAUAGAUAAAACAGAAAAUCUUGUGGAUUCAUCUGUCACUUUCAAAACUACCAGCAGAAAUCUUGCUCGAGCCAUGUGUAUGAAGAAUAUGAAGCUCACUAUCAUCAUCAUCAUUGUAUCAAUUGUGUUCAUCUAUAUCAUUGUGUCACCUUUCUGUGGUGGGUUUACAUGGCCAAACUGUGUGAAGAAAUAAGAAAGAAAAAAUACCAUUAACCAAGGAUAUGAGAGUGAAAGGAGAUAAAAGCAAUUCAUGUGACUCUGGCUUUUCACUACUCUUUAAAAAUGCCAGUUUCUU